GCCAUGUCGGACUUCGAUAGCAAUCCCUUUGCUGACCCGGACCUCAAUAACCCCUUCAAGGAUCCUUCUGUUGCACAAGUGACAAGAAAUGUUCCACCAGGACUAGAUGAGUAUAAUCCUUUCUCUGAUUCAAGAACAGCUCCUCCCUUAGGAAAUGUGAAAAUGCCUAAUGUAUCCAGUACCCAGCCAGCAAUAAUGAAACCAACAGAAGAACCACCUACUUACACACAAAUUUCAAAGGAGCGUGCCUUGGCCCAGGCAGAACUGCUAAAGCGUCAAGAAGAACUGGAAAGAAAAGCAGCUGAACUAGAUCGCAAAGAAAGGGAAAUGCAGAGUGUCAAUCAGCAAGGGGGUAGAAAAAAUAACUGGCCACCUCUUCCUCAGAAUUUUCCAGUGGGUCCAUGUUUCUACCAGGACUUUUCUGUAGACAUUCCUGUAGAAUUUCAGAAGACAGUAAAGAUUAUGUACUAUUUGUGGAUGUUCCAUACAGUGACACUGUUUCUUAAUAUCUUUGGAUGUUUGGCCUGGUUUUACAUUGAUGCUACACGAGGGGUUGAUUUUGGAUUGAGUAUCCUCUGGUUCUUGCUUUUUACCCCUUGUUCUUUUGUCUGCUGGUACAGACCACUUUAUGGAGCUUUCAGGAGUGACAGUUCAUUCAGGUUCUUUGUGUUCUUCUUUGUAUAUAUCUGUCAGUUUGCUGUACAUAUACUUCAAGCUGCAGGAUUUCAAAGAUGGGGAAACUGUGGGUGGAUUUCAUCUCUUACUGGUCUUAAUAAGAGUAUCCCUGUUGGCAUUAUGAUGAUAAUCAUAACUUCACUUUUCACAGCAUCUGCUGUUAUUUCAUUAGUUAUGUUUAAAAAGGUACAUGGUCUCUACCGCACAACUGGUGCUAGUUUUGAGAAAGCACAGCAGGAGUUUGCAACAGGAGUGAUGUCCAACAAAACUGUACAAACUGCUGCAGCCAACGUCGCAUCAACAGCAGCAACCAGUGGAGCUCAGAAUGUGUUCAAGGGUAACUGAAUGUAGAGAAAUAUAAAAAGUAAUGACGGUUCUCUUCCAUUGUACUUUAUUUUCCAGUCACUUAUUAUAUUCUCUAAAAACAUAUAUCAAAAUGCACACAGCAUGUUUGUUUCUUCUGCAGCAGUGCAUAGGUAAAAUGGGAAAUGUUUGGUUUAUUUUAUAAUAAAUUUAUUUCUUUUAAAAAGAUAACCAUUCUCUGUGCUUCUUUAAAAUGUUGCAUUUUGGAAUAUAAAACUUUCCUUAUUUAGGGAAGAUAAAUAAUUUCAACAAUUGGCCUGAGAAUGAAUUGUGGUAUAUAAUGAUCAAAUAAAUAUAUUAAGAAUU